GGGAGAGAGGGAGAGCGGCGGUCCAACGAGAUCAGAUUGCAAAGAUUGAUCGAGAGACGUGUUCACUUAAUAAGCAGUGAGGAACUCCUUGACAGUUUCGAAGGAACUGUCAAGGAUUGUCUCCAUGUCGUAGAAGUUGAAGUGAAGCAUUUGCUGGAUAUACAAGCCUUUUUUUUUUUUUUAAUACUCGGAUACUGUUCCCCCCCCCCACACCCAAGAUUGACUGAGUGGAUUUUCCUUCACCGAGAUUCUCUGCCUUGCGACCAAGCAAGGAUGAAGACCUGUAAAGGGAGCCCGAGCCUUCUGAUGCUAAGGAUGAUGUGGUGCUUGACUGAGGAAGUGGACUGAAGCAAAAGACCGAAGAGCUCAGUUCAGCGAUGCCUCAGUUCGGCUGACACGGAUGCUGCAAGAGCAGAGAGAGAGCGCGUCUUUGGGUCCUGCGUGCAGCCCGGCAGAAGACGGAUGAAACGAAAGGGACUGGAUUCAAGCACAAGGAUCCCUCCCAGCUACCCGUCGAAGGCCUACUAAGAUGCAACUUUACAAGUGAUCAAGCUACGAGGGGUCUCGAUCACCCGCCGGGACUCUAUGGCCAGCCUUUCUGCUCCGAUCCCGCAGCGGGAGGCGCCGGCAGCAUGAGCGGGGGAAGGAUCAACCGCUACAGCAUCGUGUCGUCCGAGGAAGAGGGCCUCCGUCUCACGACCAUGCACGGUAUGAACGGUUUUGGCAACGGCAAGAUCCACACGCGGCGCAAGUGUCGCAGCCGCUUUGUCAAAAAGAAUGGCCAGUGCAACGUGCAGUUUGCCAACAUGGACGACAAGUCGCAGCGCUACAUGGCGGACAUCUUCACCACCUGCGUGGAUAUUCGCUGGCGAUGGAUGCUGGUGCUCUUCAGCCUUGUGUUUGUCAUUUCCUGGCUGGCCUUUGGCCUUGCCUUCUGGGUCAUCGCCUUGCUGCACGGGGAUCUGGAUAACCCGGCCGGAGAUGACAACUUCACGCCCUGCGUGCUCCAAGUCAACGGAUUCGUGGCCGCCUUCCUCUUCUCCAUUGAGACGCAGUCCACCAUCGGCUACGGCUACCGCUGCGUCACCGAGGAGUGCCCCGUCGCCGUCUUCAUGGUGGUUUUCCAGUCUAUCGUGGGCUGCAUCAUUGACUGCUUCAUGAUCGGCGCCAUCAUGGCCAAGAUGGCCAGGCCGAAGAAGCGAGCGCAAACGCUGCUGUUUAGCCACAACGCCGUCAUUGCGAUGCGGGAUGGGAAACUGUGUCUCAUGUGGCGGGUGGGAAACCUUCGCAAGAGCCACAUUGUGGAGGCCCACGUCAGGGCACAGCUCAUCAAGCCUCGCAUCACCGACGAAGGAGAGUAUAUCCCCCUGGACCAAAUAGACAUCGACGUGGGCUUUGACAAGGGCCUGGAUCGGAUUUUUUUGGUUUCCCCCAUUACGAUUCUCCAUGAGAUCGAUGAGGAGAGCCCCCUUUUUGGGAUCGGCAAGCAGGACCUCGAGACGUCCGACUUUGAGAUUGUGGUGAUCUUGGAGGGAAUGGUGGAAGCGACGGCCAUGACCACUCAGGCGCGCAGUUCCUACUUAGCCUCCGAGAUCCUUUGGGGACACAGGUUCGAGCCUGUCUUGUUCGAGGAGAAGAACCUCUACAAGGUGGAUUACGCUCACUUUCACAAAACUUACGAGGUGCCGUCCACCCCCCGAUGCAGUGCCAAGGACAUGCUGGAGAACAAAUUCCUUGUCCCCAGUUCGAACUCCUUCUGCUAUGAAAAUGAGCUGGCUUUCCUCAACCGUGAGGAGGAGGAAGAGGAGGAGGAGGAGGAUGAGCAGGAGGGCGGAGGUGCUGGGAACAUGACACUGGCAAACCUCAGUCCGGACCGGAACAGCCGACACGAGUUUGAACGCUUGCAGGCCAGCAGGACGCUGGAGCAGAGGUCUUAUCGGAGAGAGUCCGAAAUAUGAAACCUUCUUCUAGGUCCAGGCUCCCUUGUCGGAGACUCCACAAAUGCAGAACGAUGCAAAGUGCCAUAGGAGACAUUGACGCGUGUGCUCGAUUGAGAGAAAAAGGGACAACGUGGGAGUGAACGUGGCAAGCUCAGAGAAUGCACCUGAGAAAAUCGUAGUAAGGAAUGUCCACAAUAAUACAUACAGAUCCUUCGUGGAAACUUGAAUCUUUUUUCACGUGGUCACUUUGAGCGUGUUAACAAUUCUAAUGAGCAAUGACAAACUGACAUCAUUGAAUUGAAGGUGUAAAUACGUUUCUUUCGUUAUGCUAUCGUUUGUGUGCCGUCUCGGUUUCUAAAAGCAGCUGUUGUCAAAGUAGAUUGCGCUCCGUCAACUUUUUUUUCACCCCUCUCCGCACAAUAUUCUUAUCGUUUGCAUCGUGUAAUAGAGAUAAGUUCAGUGACACAGUUCAAAGUUUGCGCACUGCUGCAUUGAGAUGAUAUGAGCCAUAAAAAAAAAAAAAAUGAUCACAAGCCACUGAGAACAUUCCAAGUUGUGAUCCGACCAGCAUCACGUGAGAAGGCAACAUUCAUUAUGUGCACUGUAAAGGGAUGAGAAAA